AUGGCAGCCGCGGCUCAAAGCGAUUUAUCGAUCGCGGAGCUGAAGGCGGAGAUUGAGAGGCUUGGCCGCGAGCUUGACCAGGCCAGCAGCGAGAAGAUACAGUCGGCGCAGCUGGGUCUGGUACUGCUCGAGGAAAAGAGUUCACUGCAGCAAAGAUGCGACGAACUCGAGAGCCUUUACGAGAACACAAGGCACGAGCUGGAUAUCACACAAGAGGCACUUAUGAAACUAGAUACAACUCAGAAGGUAACAACAAGAAGUGGAAUAGAACAAGAAAAUGCUCUUCUCAACGAGUCGGCUGCUAUGGAAAGCUCCCUCACCCUCCAAAUAUUGGAGCUGGAGAGUGAGAGCAAACAGUUACGUCACGAGCUUGAUCGGGUGGUUAGCGAGCGGGAUCGCCUGUUAGCCGAGAGCUCAGAACUCGGCGCUCAUAAAGCGUCACGCGAAUCGGAACGAGCAGCACUACGAGCGGAGUUACGAGAAGCCAGACAACGGGAACAGAGACUACUAGUUGACAUCGGUGACUUGGAAGACGAGAACAUAUCAUUGCAGAAACAAGUCUCCGCGCUCAGAUCAUCACAGGUUGAAUUCGAAGGGUUAAAACAUGAAGUGCGUCAACUACGUGAGGAGGCAGAGAAUGCUCGCGCUAUGGCCGAGGAGACGGCCGCACUGCGCCGCAUCGCUGAGCGACAGCUUGCGGAAGCGUUGGAAGCGCUACAAGCUGAACGCGAAGCUAAGUUUGCCGCAAAGAAGGAAUUAGAUGCACAUCUUAGUAGAGAAGCAGCGUACAACAUUACGAACUUGGCGUACAGUAUACGUGGUAUGCCAGACGACGGCACAGAGGAUGAGGGUGAGCCAGGUGGUUCAUCAUCAGCUGAGCUAGGGUCAGCAAUGGGAGACCACCACGCAGACCUAUUCUCCGAAGUCCAUCUACAUGAAAUCACACGGUUAGAGAAACAAUUGGAACAAGCGCAUAGUGAAAAUAGCCAGCUGCAGGCGUCGAUGCGCAGCGCGCAAGCGACAGCGGAGAGCGAGAGCGCAGCGGCGGCCCUGCUGCGCACCGGCCUCACGCGCGCCGCCUCGCGCGUCACCGCGCUGCACGCGCUGCACGCCGACUGCGCGCCACUGGACGAAGAGAAAGUGGAACCAGGCGGUGUAUCUGCGCGUGCCGCUAAAUGGCUGACCUGGUGGCGAGUAUCGGGCGGCGAACUGUCAGGUUUGGGCGCACUGCUAUCGGAGCUACAAGCGGGAGCGGGCGCUGGGGCGGAGGGUGUCGGUCCACAGGCGUUGCAGAGAGCUGCACUCGCACAACUUGCCGACAAGGUCGCCGAGGCUGAGGUUCGGGCGGCUGCACUGCAAGCGGAUGCCGAUUUACUCAGGACACUCGCUGGCGGUAUUAUUAUGUUUUAA